GCUUGCGCCCUCACCUGGACCUCGUGGUCGGUCCCGGUAGCGCAUGCCUUCCGCCGCGUGCGUGGCGGAAGUCGCCCGUCCCCCCCUGAGGAGCGGUAAGGCAGAAAGAGCAGUGUAUUCCGUUUUUCCCGUUCCUGUUGAACGGUGCGGGCGGAGGAGGUGCACUGACUGAUACCACCUCCACCUCCCCACCUCCACCUCCGAGAGCUGGAGGUGUAUUGAGAUCCUGGGGCUAGUGGAGCCGGAGGUGUUGAGGAUAAUAGCUUGGAGACCAAAACUCUGAUUGGAGUACGUGCCUUGAUCUUUCAACGAUCUGCACAGGGUUUUUCUUGCUAUUCGUUGGACUGUCCAUCGGGUCCGAGGCGUGCAUUUGCGAGAUGAGCGUGUGAGACACACACACACACACACACACACACACACACAGAGAUGCCGGCGCAAUUUAAGGUACCGAAUAUUCCGUAUAACGAAGAUGGGUGGGGUCCGACGAACAUACCGGAGCAGUACAAGGACGUGCCGUACGCGCCUUUCAGCAAAGGGGACAGACUAGGGCGAGCAUCGGACUGGACUAGCUCCGCGUUCCGCGGGCGGUUCGGCGACCGAGGCGGCGGACCGGGCGGGGUGAACGCGUACUUCAACUUUUUCUACGCCGACGACGAGGAGUCGUUCCACCUGGUGGAUACGAGGCCGCCGCCUCGGCCGAGGUACGGACCCCGGCGGUUCCAGAGGUUCCAGCGUCGGGAUCGCGAUGACGGAAGGAGGGACGGGGGGCGCGACACGGCGACGGAGAGGGAGAGGCACCGGCGCGAGCGCGCACAGCAGCUCCGCCGCGGCCAGUGGAACGCUUAUUGGCAGAACAGGGACCAGCCGCGCGCGGUGUUCGCAAGCUCGGUGGACAUCCGCCCGGAGUGGACGAUGCUGGAGCAGAUCCCCUUCACGGCCUUCACCAAGCUGAGCCAGGCCGUCGGCGAGGCCGAGGAUAUCACAACCUGCGGCGCCCUAGAGUACUACGACAAGUCGAUGGACAGGAUCACGCCGAAGACGGAGCGCUCCCUCGAGAGGGCGGAGAACAAGCAGUUCUUCCGCGUGACCACCACCGACGAUCCCAUCAUCCGACGGCUGGCCAGCGAGGACAUCGGCAGCGUGUUUGCCACCGACGCGAUAUUGUCCACCUUGAUGUGCGCGACGCGAUCUGUGUACUCGUGGGACGUGGUGGUCCAGCGCGUGGGCACCAAGCUGUUUUUCGACAAGCGCGAUGGCGUCUUCGAUCUACUCACAGUCAACGAGACCUCGCAAGAGCCGCCUCCUGAAGACAAGGACAGCAUCAACUCUGUGAAUGCGCUCAGCGAGGAGGCUACCUUCAUCAACCAGAACUUCUCCCAACAAGCGCUGCUCAAGGAUGGCAGACGAUUCACUUUCGAGGAGCCUAAUCCGUUUGCAGCGCCGGAGGACGACGUGGCCUCCGCCGCCUAUCGCUAUCGCAAGUGGAAGCUGGACAACGACAUCACGCUAGUGGCUCGGUGUGAGCUGGAUGCCGUGAGUGAAGUCAAGGGCCAGGAGGUGCUGCUCACAGUCAAAGCGUUGACCGAGUUUGACUCGAAGGCGUCGGGCGUUGACUGGCGGCAGAAGCUAGAGAACCAGAGGGGAGCCGUGCUGGCGACCGAGCUGAAGAACAACGCCAACAAGCUGGCAAGGUGGACUACGCAGGCGCUCCUCGCCGGCGCGGAGCAGAUGAAGCUGGGCUACGUCUCCCGGGUUCAUCCCAAGGACAAGUACAACCAUGUCAUUCUGGGGAUCCAGGGGUACAAACCGAAAGACUUUGCAAUGCAGAUCAACCUCAGCGUCAAUAACAUGUGGGGUAUCCUCAAGUACCUUGUGGACAUGUGCAUGAAGCUCAAUGAAGGCAAGUACCUUAUUGUUAAAGACCCCAACAAGCAGGUCAUCCGAAUCUACGAGGUGCCAGCAGAUGCAUUCGAGAACGACUACGCGGAAGAACCCUUGGCCGAAGAGGACCAAGUCCCCGUCGAGGCCGAAGCCAAUGUCGAGAUGUUGGAGAAAGAGGAGGAUGGCGAGAUCUGAAUCUGAUCACAGGCGGGGCAUCAAGCUGUGGCUUUUCCCGCGCGUUUGCCCUUUUUUUUCCCGCCAUUUUUAGGCUUCUCUUCUGACGAGCUUCUGGUGGAUUUCGAUCUCUCUCUGUUGCAGUUGAGAGAGAGAGAGAGAGAGAGAGAGAGAGAGAGAGAGAGAGAGAGAGAGAGAGAGAGAGAGAGAGAGAGAG